AAAUCUAUUUCUGAAAAACGUCGGGAGAGUACUUAGUUUACAAGUAAAAGUAGUCGGUCUAAUAAAAUAUCGCAGAGUCGGCAGAUUUAGGAAUUCAUCAUCGGACUGGCAGAAGAUAACUAAUUCCGGUGAAGUGUGACCGGAAUCCUAAGAGAUUUACCAGUUGAGAGGAAGAGAAAGGCAAAGAUGGGAAAGAAACAACACAGUAAAGAUCGGAUGUACAUCACCAAGACUGAAUGGGCUACUGAAUGGGGAGGUGCCAAGUCUAAAGAGCUUCAUACUCCCUUCAAACGUCUCCCUUUUUAUUGCUGCGCUCUGACAUUUACACCCUUUGAAGUUCCAGUUUGCACUCAGGAUGGCUGUGUUUUUGAUACAAUGCAUAUAAUACCUUACAUUAGGAAGUAUGGAAAGAAUCCUGUUACUGGAGCGCGACUUGAACUUGGGGAUCUUAUUCCUCUUACAUUCCAUAAGAAUUCAGAAGGGGAAUUUCAUUGCCCAGUAUUGAACAAAGUCUUCACUGAAUUCACUCACAUAGUUGCAGUAAAGACCACUGGAAACGUGUUCUGUUAUGAGGCAAUCAAAGAGUUGAAUAUCAAAACGAAAAACUGGAAAGAGCUUCUCACAGAUGAACCAUUUACCAAAAGCGAUCUUAUAACAAUUCAGAAUCCUAAUGAACUUGAUGUGAAAAAAGUUCUCGAUGAUUUUGAUCAUGUUAAAAAGGGCUUAAAAGUAGACGAUGAAGAAUUGAAAAAAAUGGAGUCAGAUCCAACCUAUAACAUAAAUGUGAGCGGAGACAUCAAGCAGAUGCUUGCAGAACUUGGGACUGAGAAAGGAAAAAAAACGGCAUUAUUGGGAGGAGGUGGAAGCAAGGCGCAGCAAGAAAGGGCGGCUGCACUUGAAGCUAUUUUAGCUGCUAGAUCACGUAUUGUAGAUGAUUCUAAAUCAAAUGGAAAGACUGAAAUCAGACAGGGUUACAGUAUCGUAGAUGCUGCAUCUGCGUCAGUACAUGGAAGAAGUGCUGCUGCUGCAAAAGCUGCGCCAGCUGAAAAAACUGCUGCUCGUAUAGCUGCCCACAUGGCUGGUGAUAUAGCUCCAGUGAAUGCAAAGCUGGUGAAAAGUCGUUAUACAACUGGUGCUGCUUCGAGAUCCUUCACUUCGACUUCUUUUGAUCCUGUUACCAAAAAUGAAUAUGAAUAUGUAAAGGUUGAGAAAAAUCCUAAGAAAAAAGGAUAUGUGCAACUGCACACAUCCCAUGGUGAUUUAAAUAUUGAGUUGCAUUGCGAUAUCACUCCUAGGACAUGUGAGAAUUUUAUUACUCUAUGCGAACAAGGAUACUACAAUGGUGUUAUUUUUCACAGAAACAUAAGGAAUUUCAUGAUUCAAGGAGGGGAUCCAACUGGUACAGGAACAGGGGGUCAAUCAAUCUGGGGUAAGCCUUUUAAAGACGAGGUGAACUCAAAGCUGCUUCACACUGGAAGAGGUGUCGUUAGUAUGGCCAAUAGCGGUCCUCACUCCAACGGCUCUCAAUUUUUCAUCAUGUACAAAUCUGCAAAGUAUCUAAACUACAAGCACUCUGUAUUCGGUAUGGUAGUUGGUGGCUUGACAACUCUUGCAGCGAUGGAAAAAGUUCCCGUGGAUGAUAAGGACCGGCCUCUGGAAGAGAUUAAGAUUAAUCGUGUGACUGUCUUUGUCAACCCUUAUACUGAACCCGACGAAGAAGAGGAAGAGAAACCCAAUGAGGACAAGGUCCAGGAUGAAGAAAAUGAAAAGGUAGGAUCUUGGUAUAGCAACCCUGGCACAGGUGCAACAGAUGCUGGGGCUGUCGGUGGCGGAAUCGGGAAAUACUAUAAAUCCAGAAUGGCUCAAGCCGAUACAACUACAUCUGAAGCUGUUACUGGUAAUACAAAGAAAAGGAAAGCGACCGUUACAGGGGACUUUAAGGAUUUUUCUGGCUGGUAAAUUCGGAUCACUUACUGUUGAAAUUUAUGUAGUUUUGUAGACCUAAUUGUAGCAUAGCACUAGUUUAGUCUCCCACAAUGUAGGGGUUCUUAAUUAUACACAAAAAAGAAUAUAUUGAUUAUAUUGAAAGCUUGUUUCUCGGUUUAGUUUCAUAUUUACAAUGUGUUUCAGUUAAUUUUCAUUCUGUUUAGUUAACUUUAGUUCAAUAUUUUCAGUUUCAGAGAAUAUGCAUUUGUGAAUAAGUUUUAAAAAACAAAUUUCUUUGAACAGUCUUCA